AUGCCUACACUCGAAUUCACUGUUUACAAGGGCUCAGAGGGCGGCAAGAUCAUCGAAGGAACGUCUGUCGCCAACGCCCUUGCUCCCAACGAGGUCCUUAUCAAAAUCACCCACGCCGGCCUGUGCGGCACCGAUCUGCACUACAGGGGUCAGGACAUGGUCCUUGGCCACGAAGGCGUCGGUGUCGUGCAGCAGAUUGGAACACAAGUGACACACUUCAAAGUCGGCGAUCGCGCGGGUUGGGGCUACCUCCACGAGUCCUGCAUGAACUGCGAGAACUGUCUGACCGGCGAUGAGAUUCUCUGCCCCGAGCGACAUAUGUACGGCACGCACGAGCACGACCGUGGCGCGUUCGCGUCGCACGCCGUGUGGAAUGAGAGUUAUCUAUUCCACAUCCCCGACGAAAUCUCCUCGUCCGACGCGGCGCCCAUGAUGUGCGGCGGCGCAACCGUUUUCAACGCUUUGGAGAAAUACGGUGUGCGCGAUACCGACCGGGUCGGCGUCGUUGGCGUCGGCGGGCUCGGGCACUUCGCGAUCCAGAUCGCGGCGAAGAUGGGCUGUGAGGUCGUUGUGUUCUCCAGCAUGGAGAGCAAGAAGGAGGAGGCGAUACGACUGGGCGCGACCGAGUUCUACCCGAUCAAGGGUGCGAAGGAGCUCAAGAUCGGGAAGCUGCUGAACCAGCUCCUUGUCACGACGAGCCAGCAGCCGGACUGGGACAUGUACCUGUCGAUUAUGGCUCCCGGUAGCACCAUCUUCCCCUUGACCGUAUCAGAGGGAGAGCUCAAGCUGCCAUACGAGCCGAUAUUGGUCAACGCCAUUCGCGUACAGGGAUGUAUCUGCCCGUCGCGCGCUAUCCACAUGAAGUUCUUGCGCUUCGCUGCGUUUCACAAGAUCAAGCCCGUCACCCAGGAGUUCCCACUCACAAAGAAGGGUAUCGAGGAGGCGAUGGAUAGGUUAGACAAGGGCGACAUCAAGUACAGAGCCGUCCUCGUGGCCGAUAAAGCGUGA